CCUUACCACUGCAACUUCGUUGAUAACGGGCACUAGAAGCUUCUGCUCACUGCCUGCGACAGAACACAACUUUGAUCUUGACCCUAGCAAACUUCUCGCCAUGAUUGACGACAACGAUCUGGGCAGGUUCACGUCCUGGCUCGGCAUCGCUAUUAUGCUCCUGGUUGUGGCGUACCACUACGUCACUGCUGACCCCAAGUACGAGUCUAGCCGCCAGUAAAGAGCUCUCACAUUCACAGCGCAAGUUUCCGGACCAUGUCCUUCGUCGGAGGCAAACUCAAGCUGAAGGGCGGGGAGCCGCUCAAGCCCGCUGGAGGUGUAAAGAAAAAGAAGAAGGAGGAGAAGGCGCUAGCGGCUGCUCCUCAGGGCCAGCCCGGCGAGGAGAAGAAGGAGGACGACCCUGCUGAGAAGACUCGCAAGGCGCUUCACGGCUACGAGAUUAAGCAGGAUGAGAAGGAUGACCGUAGGACUGAGGCGGAGCGGAAGUUUGAGGAACGCUUCCGCAAGGUAGAGGAGCAGAUGGUUAAGAAGGCCGCGACGAAGUCGCACAGGGACCGCGUCAAGGACUUUAACGAGUACUUGGCGGCGCUUUCGGAGCACCACGACAUCCCCAAGGUCGGCCCCGGCUAAGGGGGAGGCUGCAGGCGUGGUGGGGCGGUUGGAGGCGGAAGGAGGCGGGGGGUUUUGGGCACGGCGGCACGGCAUGUGUUUGGUUUCAGUGGCACUCGUGACUGUUGGGGCGGCUUGGAGGCUGUUGCUGGCUGCAUCCGCGUGGAGAAGCAGGUACGAUGAGUGGACAGGACAUGCUUAAUGUGCAGGAGCCUGGUACUGGCCUGCCGCACAGUGCCGGUUGAGCAGAGCCUUCUUCCAUUUGCUGUCGACUGCAUUGGCAGCAUAAGCAGCCUUAUGUCCUGGUGUCCACUCCGGGCGCCUGGCUGCGUACGUAUGGACAAGCAGAUGUGGGGCGUGGUCAGGAUGGUGGUGAUGUGUAGGAGUGAUUGGCCAGGCGCUGGCACUAAAACAAGCAAGAGCAGAGGGUGGCGAGCAGCGUAGUCCCGAGUAUGAUGGCUGUAGUCCCCAUUUCGCUGGCGCGGGUGGGCUGUAACAAGAGGGUCGA